GCAAACUCAAUAUUGAUUCCCUCUCCGCAAUGUUUAUUUUGAGGAUACAUCACAAUAGGGUUUAGAUCUCAUUGUAUUGAUAAAACCGAGCAUACUCACUGGCUAGUGUUAGUUGUGCGAUAUCGCAUUUUCUGGCAGUCGUUAUUCAAAUCGCUAAAUCAGAGUUGCUGGAAAGCUUGAAGGCUAUGAAUCAGGCGUAGUUGCGGAAUAUUCGAAUUAAAUGGAAAUGUUUGGUUUAAUAUGUUGAUGUAUGCAUAGGCUAGUGCCUUGGGAAAUCAAAUAGGACUUAAAAGUUUAAAGGAGCCGUGCUAAUUAUAGUAAAUAUUGGGCGAACGGUGUAAAACAGGAAUCCAAUUUCGCGGUGCUGAAUUAUUUAGCAACAAUGUAUGCGAUGAAUAGAUCCUAGGAUUUAUUUCAAACGGUGGAGUAAACACAAUAUAAAGUAGAAAACAUGUCCGAGGUAACAGCACGCAAUUCAGAAUUUCCUGAAAUAGUGGAAUUAAAUGUUGGUGGAGUUUUUUAUACCACCUCCUUAUCAACUUUGGUGAAGGAACCUUCUUCCCUCCUAGGAGAAAUAUUUGGAGGGGAAAGUAACACUAAACUCGUUAAGGACUCGAAAGGAAAAUAUUUUAUUGACCGUGAUGGUGUUUUAUUUCGAUACAUUCUGGAUUUUUUGAGAAAUCAGAAAAUCGUUUUACCGGAAAAUUUUCAUGAGAAAGAUAGACUGCGAAAUGAAGCGGACUAUUUCAAACUACCUGAGAUGGUUAAAGGUAUAGCCGCAACUUACUUAAGCGGUCGUCUUAGUCCCGCUCCUCAUCAUAAAGCUCUGUCAAGUACCGUAUACAAUUCCGUACACUCAACUAUCACCGAAGGCAGAACAUGUGGAGUAAUAACGCUUGGAUAUCGUGGUACUUUUGCUUUUGGGCGAGACGGAUUAGCCGACGUCAAGUUCCGAAAAUUGAGUCGCAUCAUUAUCUGCGGUCGAGUCUCCUUGUGCCGAGAAGUAUUCAAGGACACGCUAAACGAAAGCAGAGAUCCCGAUAGAGGAUGCUCGGAUAGAUAUACAAGUAGAUUUUUCCUGAAGCACAGUUUUCUCGAGCAAGCGUUUGAUAUGCUGCAAGAAGAGGGAUUCAGAUUAGUAGGGACUUGUGGUUCCGGUACAAAUAAUGCGGGAGAAGUUAAACCAGGAAUGGAUACAGAAGAGGCCAAAUGGCAGCACUACAAUGAAUUCAUUUUUGAAAGAAGAUAAGUUGUUUUGGUACAAAGCAACCUUUCCAUUUACAACGUCCCGGACCACUUUGUACAGUGAGAUAUUAAUAAAACUGCGGUCGAAAAAAAUACGCGAUUUAAAACAAAGUCCAUGGCCGUUAAUUCUAGCGUUUUAUUUUGGUUUUAUGUGCGCUCGUAAUGUUUUAAAAGUCAGUUUGUUUCAUAAAUGGAUGAGGUAUGAUACAUGAGACGGUAGCAGAUGUUUUUAAUGAUUUAUAUAAUUAAGUUGAAUGGAUUGAAUACAAUGGAAACUAUAUUUAUCCGAUUUUGCUAAAUAGGCAAUUUCAUUAAAUGGAGUAACGUAUUAACAAAAUUGGAUUACCACUUGAAUGUGUUUGAAUGUGGAUAUAUUUGUAUGUCACUAUUAAAAUGUCCUGCAUAAAACAUAUUUUACAGAAACAAACAAAAUGACACAAGAGAAUGUAUUGUGAAUUGACAUUGUAUUGAUUUAACUUCUUGAUACGCAUGCGCAGGUGAACUAAGAGGAAUUAUUUGAGUAACUUUCUUUCUAAGAUAGUAGUGUAUUCUGAACAAAAUGUUAUAGACAUUAUGCAACAGUAGGUAACUUUUGGUGUAAAUAUGUUAUGAAUUGUGUAGUUGUCUAAAUAAACGUAGAACAGAA